AUGAUUUUUACAAAACCGAUGGGUCAUGAUUCCAGGCUUCAUAGGGUUCUGCUGCUAAAGAACAUGGUAGAUGGUGGGAAUGACCCAUACACUAAAAAGAUACAAGAGCAUCAAGACAGCUUCGAAGAACCGAUCUUCUUACCACUGAUAACUCAUACCAAUGUCCCUCAGAACAUAAUAUCGAGAUUUGCAGAUAGAGCAGAUAACUUACAGGAUGACUAUGAUUUUCUAAUCAUCACAUCUCAAAGGUCAAUAGAAUGUUUAAAUCUCCCGGAAUUGAAGCAUAUUAGAAACAAACUUAUUGAUAAACCAACUUAUACCGUGGGACCAGCAACUUCCAAUUUCUUAUCUAGUCUUGGUUUCACGGACAUUAGAGGUGGUAUACACGCCGGAAACGGCAUGAAACUAGCUUCGAUAAUUGAUAAUGAUUACCCAGCUGGUGGUAAAGCUUUAUUUUUAGUUGGUGAAAUACGGAAGGACAUUAUUCCCAAGUACCUGAGACCUCGGAACUUCACAGUUGAUGAAAUCAUAAUGUAUAAGACUGCAGAACUGUCGGAUUCCAUUGUUUGGUUCAAGUCUUACCUAGACAAAUGUGAUUGGAUAGUGGUAUUCUCACCUCAAGGAAUGUCGGACAUCCUUCAGUAUAUGAAGCAAUAUAGUAAAGGUGCCAGACCAUUUAAAAUUGCAUGUAUUGGGCCUACGACUUGCGAAUUCUUGAAUUCAAAUGGCAUUGAACCUGAUCUGGUCAGUCCCAAACCGGAUGCUAACUCCUUAAUAGCUGCUAUAAAGGAAUACGAAGUAAUUAGUCGUUUAUCACAUAGCAAUGGCGAUUAUUGA